CGUCUCCUUGAGUGGUAGCCUGUCUCGUUGACGUCGUGCGUGGGGUUUGUGACCAUCUGGUGACCAUCCGUGUAGUGUGUGGACGUGUGGUGCGGUGCGGGACGCGGGUGUGCGAGUGUACAGCAAGAAGCCAAGGCAAAGUGCGUGUACGAAAACACUCGACAAAUCCAAUAAACACAUCAAAACUGUAUAUUAAAAGCCCAUCAACCUCAUCGAGGCGUUAUCCUGCAAGUGUGCGCGAACGUGUGUAUUUUCCAUCAAUAAGUACACGCAGCUAAUCCGUUGAAGGCGCAUCGUCGUGUGUCGUCCUUAAACAUAUACCCAUUCAUCAAUCGUCCAUCGUCGCUUCCCAGGACGCGCUCUCUAUCUCUUACGCAUCGUCUCCACGAGGAUCUAUACUUUAUCAUCGAAAGCCAAGACCUGGUGCUCACCCACAUACACACGCGCACGCUCAAGGGGAGACACAUACAUAGAUACAUAUAGAGUCUUAGGGACUGUACGACAACGACGCGCAUCAUCCACGAGCAGCCAACCAACGGCGGACCGGUCCGAUGUCUGAAACCGACAAACUCAACAUCGACACCAUUAUAGCGCGGCUCUUGGAAGUCCGAGGAGCGCGACCAGGCAAAAAUGUUCAGCUGACAGAGACAGAAAUUCGAGGCUUAUGCCUCAAGUCCCGUGAAAUUUUUCUAUCACAGCCCAUCCUUUUGGAGCUUGAGGCACCCCUGAAGAUAUGCGGUGACAUUCAUGGACAAUAUUACGAUCUGCUGCGGCUGUUCGAGUACGGUGGAUUCCCGCCAGAGAGCAAUUACCUCUUUCUGGGCGAUUACGUCGACAGAGGAAAGCAGUCGUUAGAGACGAUUUGUCUCCUUCUCGCUUACAAGAUCAAGUACCCGGAGAAUUUCUUCCUGCUCAGAGGAAAUCACGAGUGCGCCUCCAUCAACAGGAUAUAUGGAUUUUAUGAUGAAUGCAAGCGCCGCUACAACAUAAAGCUGUGGAAAACUUUCACAGACUGCUUCAACUGCCUACCAGUAGCGGCGAUCGUCGACGAAAAGAUUUUCUGCUGCCACGGUGGCUUGAGUCCCGAUCUCCAGAGUAUGGAACAGAUCAGGCGUAUCAUGCGGCCCACCGACGUGCCCGAUCAAGGCCUGCUUUGCGAUCUCCUUUGGUCCGAUCCAGACAAGGACACGAUGGGUUGGGGCGAGAACGACCGCGGUGUCUCGUUCACAUUUGGCGCCGAGGUCGUCGCUAAAUUCCUUCACAAGCAUGAUUUCGACCUCAUUUGUCGUGCGCAUCAGGUGGUCGAAGACGGCUACGAGUUCUUCGCGAAACGACAGCUCGUGACGUUGUUCUCGGCGCCAAACUACUGCGGCGAGUUUGACAACGCGGGUGCCAUGAUGUCUGUGGACGAGACGCUAAUGUGCAGCUUCCAGAUCCUGAAACCGGCCGAUAAGAGGAAAUUCACGUACGGCGGCCUCAACGCUGGCCGACCGGUCACGCCGCCGCGUGGCGCCAACAACAAAAACAAAAAGAAGUGAAACGCCCGCGCGACCACCGCACGAACGCGAUACUUGGGCUGUUAAGCCCUCUCUACUACUACUACUCUCUCUCUCUCUCUCCUCCAAGAACUACGACCCUGCAUGUCCUCUGUCACCCACCACCACCACCCACCAACGACACAACCAGCAUCUCCUUUACGACUCUUGGAUCCUUGUAAGAAAGAGUAAUUGAAACUACUGCUACUGGUACAUUCAUUAAAAUUUAAUAAAGAAAAAACAUUGAAACCAAGAAAAAAAA